GUCGGAGGUGGCCACCCUGGCACCAGUGCCCGAGGUGACGCGGUGGGUGGGGGAUACUCGCACGCGACUCCCACAACUUGACCUAUCUACACCCUUGCCAUAGCGUGUUAAUCUAUAUAUCCACGUUCAACAAUCGGUUCCAGUGACAAUACAGUAUAGUGUGGGCGGUGUGACCCAAACCCAGCAACUAGGGAAAUACAGUACAGCUUGGAUUAUGAGCUCAAGAGUCCAGGACUCUCCCUAUUAUUAAGGAUAACACUUUUUGGAACUCCUGCUCUGCAGUGGUACUUUUUGUGUAGUGUUGAGAGAUCGAUAUAGCCUGCAAAAUGAUGGCAGACGGGCAGUUGAUCGGUGAUGGGUCAUGGGAACUACAUGUCCAAGUCACCGAUCUGCAGGUGGAGAGAAUUCUCAGAGUGAAGAGUGAUCUGCACAUUGGUGGUGUUAUGCUCCGCCUUGUAGAGGAAUUGGAUAUUGCCAUCGAUUGGUCAGAUCACGCACUAUGGUGGCCAAAGAAAAAUAUGUGGCUAACACACACACGCUCCACCCUGGACCAGUAUGGGGUGGGUGCUGCAGCUCAGUUGGAGUUCACACCUAUGCACAAAACCCUUCGUGUCCAGCUUCCUGACCUUCGGUACAUGGACUUUAGGGUUGAUUUUUCCAAGAAGACAUUCAAUGCUGUAGUUCAGCUCUGUAAAGAACUUGGUAUUCGGUAUCCAGAGGAGCUGUCUUUCUGUAAGCCCCUGAGUCAUGACGACCUCAAGCACAAUUACAGUGAAAAACAAAUGAAGAAGAAGAGCAGUACUACUGUUAAGAAUGGCACACCAGCUGAUACAAAUUCAUUCAUUGCCAACAAGAGCCACACCUCCAGUAAUGGUUCCUUAGAUCGCACAGCAGCAUCACACCACUCGCCCAACAAGACUCCUAUAAGCUCUCCGGGUGGAACAUGGAGAUUCAACAGCAAUAAUGGGGUGGGCAGUCACAACAGCACCAUGGAUAGCAUUGAUGGUGCUGAUGAUUUAAGUUCAUCUCUUGCCAACUCUCCAAUGCUUCCUUCUGAAGAGGCACGAAACUCUCUUUUACGACCCAAGUCUCUCCUUGAAAGAGCACGUAUAAAUGUUGGAUGGCUUGACUCAUCGCUGUCAAUAAUGGAACAAGGUGUGAGAGAUUUUGACACACUUCUACUUCGUUUCAAGUUUUUCUCCUUUUAUGAUUUAAAUCCAAAAUACGAUGCAGUCCGCAUUAACCUCAUCUUUGAGCAGGCCAAAUGGGCAAUUAUGAAUGAAGAAAUUGAUUGUACUGAAGAAGAGAUGCUCAUGUUUGCUGCCCUUCAGCUUCAAGUUACCCUUCAAGUGAAUCAACCACAGCCUGACAUGAACAGUGGAAAUGAGGAUGAUAUUGAUCGUGCCUUGAAUGAACUACAGAUAUCCUUGGAAGGAUCUCAUGUGGCCUCGACUCCUGCUGAUAUUAUGCACAUCCCAGAACUGGCAGAUUAUCUCAGAUUUAUGAAGCCACGUCGGUUCACAUUGAAAGGAUUCAAGCAGUAUUAUUUUACAUGUAAGGAUAUGAGCUUGCGAUAUUAUAAAAACAAUGAGAGCACCAAGGAAGACCCCAUUGAAAAGAUUAAUCUCCGCGGCUGUGAGGUGACUCCAGAUGUCAACAUUUCACAACAGCGUUAUGGUAUCAAGUUGGAAGUUCCUGCAUCAGAUGGCAUGACUGACUAUAUCAUAAGGUGUACCUCAGAAGAACAGUAUGCUCGUUGGAUGGCAGCCAUGCGGUUAGCUUCUAAAGGCAAAUCAUUAGCUGAUUCAUCCUAUGACAGUGAAGUCAAGUCUAUCUUGGCUUUCCUUUCUAUGCAACACCCAGCUCCUGCCCCAGUUCUUAAUCCAGAGAGUUUGGACAUUCAACCAGAACACUACAUGGCUCCACGAUUUGUACGACGCAUCCGAGGAAAGGCAGUUCAACGCAUAUUGGAAGCUCACGCUAAUGUAAAGGAUUUGCCACUGACUGACGCUAAGCUGCAGUACAUUCGUGCUUGGCAAGCUCUUCCAGAGUAUGGUAUUGCCCUCUUCCUUGUCAAGCAUAUGGGACACAAGCGAGAGGAGUUGCUGGGUGUUGCAUUCAACAGGAUUAUGCGAAUGGACCCUAAUACAGGUGACCACAUAAAGACAUGGCGCUACAAUACCAUGAAGGCCUGGAAUGUGAACUGGGAAACACGACACAUGAUGAUCCAGUUUGAGGAAGAUAAUGUGGUAUUUUCAUGUCUGACUGCUGACUGCAAGGUUGUGCACGAGUUCAUUGGUGGAUACAUCUUCCUCUCCAUGCGUACAAAAGAUGCCAAUCAAAAUCUCAAUGACGAACUGUUUCACAAGUUGACUGGUGGAUGGGUCUGAAGUGUCAAGACUCCACUCUUCUUGAAAUGGUUAUUUUAAUAUCUUAAAUGUUCAGCAAACUAUUGCAUGAAUAACUUUUAUUGACCUAAAAAAUUCAUGCUUAUGAAUUUAAAAAUGUCAUUAUUGAAUAAUUUUUUACUGAAAAUACUAAAGUCAUUUGUGUACCGUUAGGUCCUGAUGUACUGUAUAUUUAAAUCUGAAAAUGUAAGUGGACAAGGUUCAAACAAGGUUAACACAAAACAGAUAGUGAAGCUUUAAGGUUUUCUGUAUUGUACGAGUUAAAUAAAAGUUAAUCAGGUUUCUUCCAUCAUUGCCAUCUUAUGGCUUGAAGUCUCGAAUGCUUCCAAGAAUAGUGACAAGUGACAUUGUUACCAUAUAUAGUUAUAUCUGUUCAAAAUAAAUAAUUUAUUUGUUGAUAAGCCAUUAUAAGUUAAUUGUAAAAUUGUUAAUCCAUUGUAUAUACACAACUGUGAGCUCUUCCAUUUAAUAGCCAAAAUACACUUUGUAAAAAGCAUGCAAUUUAUAUUUUAAAUGCUGUAAAAGAAGUAGCAGUAAAUAUUGACAUCCAGGACAUUCUCAUCCUGUAUUUUUCUUUAGUGCAGUUUGAUCAUGGCCAUCAGUAGUGAUUGACAGUUACAUCAGUACUCGACUGUGUUAGCUUAUCAUUACUACCCACGUUAAAAUUACCACUUAAUUAAUCAGAACAUUCAUUAUAUAAUUGUCUGCAUUCUGACUUGGGACGCAGUAACCCAGACUCCAGCUGUUAGAAUGUGGAAGUGUUUACAACACAAAUGGCAGUAGUGUUACAUUAUUUACUUUUUAAUAGCAGUGUUUUACAAAUUAAACAUUAUGCUCAGAAAUUGCACAUAUGAAAAUAAAGAGGUUUUAAUAAUAAUUUCAGCUUGAAGUAAUACAAAUUGAAGAAAUUUCCCCGAUGCUGUUGCAAUUGUUAGAACCUUUACAGUUGUAUGUUUGCUAGCUUUUAUUGAAUUAUAUAUAUUAUAUAACUUACGAGAUCCUGGCACAUGUUCAAUGUGUGAAUAGUGCUUUACAGCACUGUAUGUGUAAAGGUCACAUAUGAGUAACAGUUUAUAAAGAAUGAAUCAACUUUAUAUAAAUAGGCAUGACUUAUUUAACCUGUUAUUUCUAUUGCUUAUGAAAUGUUUUGGUAUAAACACAAAUAUUCUAAUGCUUAAUAUAUAUAUAUAGAUAAUGUUUUUUUUAUUAAGUGUUAUACUGCAUUUGCAUAGUAGUACAAGGCAGUAGUUCAAUUUUAUCAUAGUGACUUCAUGAUUAAGAUACAUUAUUUAAAUUAUUAGGAUAUAACUUUUUAUUGUACAAGCUCUACGAAAAGACUUACUGAACUGAUUUUAAAUAUUAAAUGUUAAUAUGCUAAAAGGGAAAUAAGGGAAGUUUUCAUUUUUCAGACUGCAUAGAUAAUGCUUGAAGUAGUUGUGGAAAUAACAUUAAUUGUUGUAGGCAUUCAUUUAGACUGUUGCAAGCCGUGCCCAACGUGUGCUAUGGGGCCCGUGCUCAAGAGUUUAUACCCGGAUUUCCUUUGCUAUGCUCAAAAUAGUAGACAAUCAUGAAGGUAUUUACAGUACAUAAAAAUGUACACUGAAGUUAUUUUGGCAGAAUUUAUGAUGGUAAUGCACAAUAUUAUAGACAUUACAAUGACAUUAUAAAUAUUAUAUUAAUUCUUGACACUUAUUCACUUGGUAAUAGAAAGAUAAGGAAAUAAUUGUCCUUAUACUGAUGUAUAUCACUAAUUGCUUUUGUAAAUGAGGCUUUUAUUCUACGAAAUUGUAAAUGGAAAAUUUUAACCGAUUUAUGAAGAAAAAAGUCUUAAGUAAUUUUGCAUUGUACAAAUUUUUGUAGUACUGUAGUAAAAUAAUUUUAGUGCUUAAUUAGUUGACCAAAACUUUCAUUGUUAUCAAUAAAAUGGUCAAAAUUAUUAAGGGAAAAUUUUCAUUUUCAAAUUUCAAUUAUUAAGGGAAAAUUUUCAAAUUUUUAUUUCAAAAUUUUAAUUGUUAAUUCAAAAAUUUUGAUGCAGACAUGUAGUGUGUGGUGAAGACAAGUUAUCCUGUAUUAUGUAUCACACAUUAGUCUGCACAACUUAACUGUCUGGACCUGAUGUUUAAACAUUAAUCUCCUUACACGCCUUAUUUUCUAUGUAUUAACCAGAAAUAAUUGAGUAGUGUGUAUGUAAAAUAAAAUGGCAAGGUGUUAGACCAUUUUCAAUCCAGAUACGUGAUUAGGAUUCAGACUGUAUAGGUAAUUUCUACAAUAUAUUGACCUCUGUGAGUUGUGUGAACCAUGUUAGACUGUGUUCCUAGGUAUAAUGACAAAGAAAAACUCUUGCUAUUAAUGAUCUUUGCCAACUGUAGCCUUAUUAAUGGUGCCUACCUAUGCAUUUAGUGCUGAAUGGCUUGUAAUAUGCAGUAUAAAUGUUUUUUAAUCAAUGAAGAAGUUGUAUUUAAUUUCAUAUUCUGCCAAUAAUCAUAGCCUUUAAAAUGUGAGGGGGGGUUAUUUAUGGAUAUAUGGAACUAAUUGUCAAAUUCUUAACCUUCCCUUUCAAAAAUUAUUAAAUGAUCUCCAGAAUUCUGGAUGGUUCGAGGCUAGCGAGAAACCUUUAGACGGACUCUAUAUAUGCAUUCUUCACAUACGUAUUCCUUACCCUCUUUCUUUUUGCAUUUUGUUUAAGUAAAAUUAAUCAAUUUUUUUCAUAAAUUAUGCACCACAUACCCAUCCCAUGGGUGGUUGGCAGGAUGCUCAUCUCUCUUUAAAUCCCAUGAUAUUAAGUACAGUAUACUGCUGAUUACUGUACUUGCUUUUUUUUAUGUUCAUUGCAUAUUCUUAUUAUAUUUAUAUUUCACGAGUUAUAUGAAGUACCAUAUUAAAUGCUGCUUUCAGUUCAAAGCCGUGGGGUGUGUAAUUUCACGCAAAGUAAUUAAAUGUCAACUCGACAUUACACCCUGAAGUAAAGCUGUCACUUUAACCCCUAAAAGAGCAGCUGUUAUCAAAAGUGCCUCUGACUGUGUAAAACAACAAUAAUAAUAAUAAUCAUAAUAAUUUCUUAUCGAUACAUGCAUGCACAAAGGAAGAAAAGGGAAAAAAUGUCAAUGUGAGAAUCAGCACUACAUACAGUACUAAUUUGCUGCCUCGUAGUGUAGGGCUGGAAUGAUGAAGUUGGAUGGUGUUGAUGUUUGUGGCUUCACUUAUUAGUUUACAUUAUGCAUUUUUUGUGUUGAAUAAUUUGAUUUAUGUAGGAACUUCUGACAAAAACAGUGAUAAGAGAACCUUUUAGCUUUAAAUAUUUACUUCAUUUGUUCUCAUUCAAUUUUUUUAAUAUUUUCACCAGUAUUAUUGCAGAGAUUCCACCAAGAAAAGUCUCAAACAUACAGUUGUAUUAAGUUUUGACAUGUAAAAUUAAAUCCUAUAACCCUAACUGUUCUAACAAACUUUCCCGAGCUUGUCAUUUUUACUCAUGACCAGAUCCACUGUUGGAGUGUGAUUUUCUGUUGUUUUCUCAAACUUAACCAGAAAGUUUUUAGUUAGUUCAUUUAUUAUGCACCCCAUACCCAUCUUGUGGGCGGUAGUGGAAAGGGUUACAGAGGCACAUAAUGGGCUCAGGGACUGAACCCCACAAUUCAUUUAGCUAAGCAAGUUACAAUCUUGAUGAGCUAGUUACAAAAUUCAAUAUAAGUCGUCACAGAAAUUUUUUAUUUGAUUAAAAAUAGGUUUUAACUACAUAAGUAUAUUUAUUGACCAGGGUGUUGUUAAAGUUAUUUGACCAUUAGCAGUUUAUUAGCAAUUGAAUCUUUAAAUCUCCCUCACUUCGUUGCACAUCCCAAGCAUUUGUGGACUUCAUUAUAUAAAAAUAUUUUUGCUGAAAAAUGGAGGAAGUAUUAAAUAUCAAUGUUAAAAUAAGCAUUUUUUUUUAGUAGAGUGGUGAAACAAUGGACUUUGAGGUCUCUGACCAUAUCUUAUUUUUCUAAGUUAUCUUUUACAUAUCUAAGUUAAUUUGUGCAUUUUUGUUUUGCAGGAACAUAAUCUCUGUGCAAAUUGAUGGCUGUCUGAAUGAUUUAAAAUUUAACAAUUUACUCAUUAAUGCUGUGUGUGAUUGAAUUUCUGGUUAUUUUUCAUACUUAAAUUCUAUUCUAUUAACAGAUGUAGUAUUUCGGUUCUUUUAUCUUCACUGUUCAUGUCAUUGCCUUUGUAAUUUCCAAAUUUCAUUACAGGGUACUUGUAAUCUGCAUCAGGUUAUUUUUGCUCUGCACCGAAACUGUUAUCAGUCUAUUUCUUUCAUUGUCCAAUUUUGUUCUUCAUUUCCAGUUAAAACAUUACUGAUACAGCAUUUGUAAGACUAAUUCACUGAAGAAAAUAAAACAUGUAUGGUAUGAUAUGCAUAACAAAAGAAUGGUUGAUGUUAAGCUCGCAGAGUACACAAUAAAAAAUGACAUUGAAACCUUAUGGUAAUGCAGACAUGUAUGAGUGAUGGGACAAAAUCAGUCUCGGUGUUGAAAAUAAAAAUGACUGAAUAAUAUUAACUACUUACUGGAGUGCAUUAUCUCCAGAAAAGAUACAGGGUGUUACAUAAAUAAAAACAAAGCAACAUUGAAUAAAUAGUUUGAAACUCGAGACCUGAGCUUGUCCCUCAAUAGAUAUCUUAAUGAAUCUGAUACCAUCUUGCCAUCUUGAUUGAUAUUUAACACCUUUUGAAUAUCUAGUGACACAAACUUUGCUACAUGAUCUUCCUGGCUUGGUGUGUCUUCUUUUGAUAAUUACUUAGUUCUUGAGACUCCAUGGCUCCUAUUAAUACCGAGUUGAGGAAGUGUUUGAUGAGCCACAAUGCAGUAUUAACGUGGUUGAUAUUCCUGCUGAAAUGGUAUUCCUGCCAAUUAAUGUGGAAAUCAUCAAAUUCUUUAAAAGAUCAGGGAGAGAACAAUAUGAAAACUGGAAAUCGAAUUGCAAUCAUGAAUUUACCUCAGCCCCAGAAGGACAAACAAAAAAUGACUAUACUGUACAGUAUAGCACUGUAUAGGUUGUGAAUUCUUGGAAGGAAUUCUCGUUAAAUAGCUGAGCAUUCUUUAAAAAAGAAACUUGAGAUUUUGUUAAUGUUAGUAGAUAGUUUCUGACAGUUCUGUUUACUUCCAAGCUCGGGCAAUUUCUUCUCAGAAAUUCAGAUGUCUAACUAUUACUACAAUUCACACUAACACUAUUUUCUCUUUUAUCAUUCAAAUUUUUUUUUAACUUUAAUGCAAUAUUGUACAGAUGUCAUUCUUGUUUACAUUACUGUAUUGCCAGCCAGUUUAAACCAUUUAUUUUCUGGAUCUGGAUAUCAACAUUUCUAGCAUUAGUUCUUUUUUAAUUUUCAGCUGUAAACUUUACUAUCUGCAGGUUAUUCUUUCUGAAUAAAAUAAGUUUCUUUGGAUACAAGGUAACGAGCAAAAGUUUUAUUCCAUAUGAGCAUUGACGACUUGCAAUGCUCAUUGCUCAGGAAAAUUUAGUUUCACAACUAGGAUUGUCUGCACUGUCCCUUCCCCAAUGUUUCCAGUCAAUCAAAUUUUCUGUUUGCGGUAUGUGAUGUUGGACACGAAAAUUUAUGUAUCGGAAUAGAAUUUCAAAUGUUUUCAUAGGUUGUUUUGUAAACGGGAACCAGAUUUUCUAUAGGUGCAAUACUGUAAAUUGAGAAUACCCGGUAUGUCCCAGAACAACUCAUAAUCAACAUGUAAAAACAUUUAGGGAAAGUAAGCUAACAUGAAUGAGCAUAUAAUUUAUCUUGAAUUAUAAUGUUCUGCAAGAUAGACAUUGCAAUUUUUGAAGCAUGAAGUGGUCUGAUUAAUAAGAGCUGUUAAUGCCAAGCACUUGUGUGAGAUCUGUGUUCUCUCCCCCUACUUAGAUUGCUUGACUAUUUCCACCUUCAUGUGUAUGUUAGUGUGUCACCUCUUCCAUGGCAUGAGUGUGCAUUUUCUCACUUCCUCUUAUCAGCCAUUAUUAAGGAUAUUUUCGUAGAUAAAUAGCUAAAAUACAUUGGCCCAUGGAAUGCAUCAUAUGUCUGCACUUAUCACAAGAAGAUUCCUGACUGGGCAGUGUUUGUUGACUGCAGGGCACCCACAGGCUGUGCACAUGGAAAAGUAGCCUUUUGUAUUUCAGGGGACGUAGGAAUAAGUUCAAAUAGCAGAUGAUAGCAGAAACUAAAAUUGAGACUUAGGUUGUUGAUCAGACCACACACUAGAAAGUGAAGGGACGACGACGUUUCAGUCCGUCCUGGACCAUUCUCAAGUCGAAGUCAAUUCUCACAAUCGACUUGAGAAUGGUCCAGGACGGAUCGAAACGUUGUCGUCCCUUCACCUUCUAGUAUGUGGUCUGGUCAACAUACUUCAGCCACGUUAUUGUGACUCAUCGCCUGCACUUAGGAGGUUGUUCGUUGUAGUAGAUGGUUUAAAUCAGAGACCCCCACUGUUUAAGAAGAAAAUGAGAAAAAACAAUUAUGGGACUGUAUUAGCGCUCACCCUUAUAAAAAAAUAUUAAAGUUACUACCAAUAAAUUGUUCUUUGUUUCAUUAUAUACCAUUAUGUAUUUGACAUGAGCAAAGUGGGGUUAUUUGACCAUAGAGGUUGGCAUAACCCUAAACAUCAAUACCAACCAAUCUGUCUGAAGAUUGAUGAUUGUGACCCAUUUGAGUUGGUCAUGACACAGAUGAGCUUGUAAUGGUAGUGAUUUACAUUUAGGUGGCAAGAUUGUGGUGAGCAUUUUGGUGAAUGAUUAAUGAGUUGUUAUAGUGCUAAACACAGAAUUUAUAAGUUUUAAAUUCUUUUGUCGAAUACAACCAACUUGAUUUUUUUUUUUUUUCUUUUUUAUAAAUGAGGGGCAUAUAACUUUAUCUUGUCUUACUGCUCUCGUAAUGGCAUCCUGAAUAGAAUCUAAGAACUUUAAAAACAAAAAUAUUUGGUGAGACAGUUAUGCUAUGUAGCCUUCUGGGUUUGGUACUUUUUGAUAAUUAUAAUCAUGCCAAUAUGGUAUACAUUACUGUGUAAUUAAAUGGCUGCAGUAUUAGCUUGAAUUGGGUAACAUGUCGAUCAUUCUGCUAUUCUUUUCAAAACUGUUGGUUCAUGCAUCCAGCAUCCUGUCUCUAGCUGUAUAGUCUACUUUUAAAGUUUUAAUGGCAAUAUAACAAUGAUGGCUUUUGGGAAGGAAGUAGCCAUGUACUUUUCCCUCUCCCAUCCAAGAGCAUAAAUAAUCUGAAUAAAAGUUGGUAAUAUGUGAAUGUACAAUUUAUAAAAUGUUUAAUACAGUUAUUAUGGAUUUUGCAAAGGUUUAUACACAGUUUUUAUGAAAUAUUAAAUAUAAAUGGGUACUUUACAGAUAAUGUACUUAAAUAAUAUCAAAUUUAUUUAAACUUCCAUGUUACAUCUUCCCCAAAGUUAAAUUUUGAAUGUGCCACUACUGCAUAAUAUUCUUUAUUGCAAUUUUUGCUUUCUGUGCUUGUGUGAGAAUGUUAGUUUUAUCACUGUCAGAAGGCUCUUUAUUAAUUAAUGAAUUUAAGUACAGUACAUUUAAAUAAUAUGAAUAUAUUAAGAAGUUUAGCAUGCAUGUAAAUAGCAAUGAAAAAAUAGCUAUUCCAAACCAAACCAAAAUCAUUAUGGGCUGGAAUUGCUGUGUCAUUGUAUGUAAUAUGAGAUUGUGUGUGUGUGUGUGUUUAAUUACCUAAGUGUAGUUACAGGAUGAGAGCUAUGUUCAUGGUGUCCUGUCUUCCCAGCACACAUUUUUUUUAUAAUGCUUCGAAACUACAGUACUGAUGGUUUUGGCCUUCACCACCAUCUUGCCUAACUUGUUCCAACCAUCUCCUAUGUGCUGAAAGAAUGUGGGUCUGACUCCCAAAUGCUAAAGGGAUGAUGAAGGUACAAUAUAACCAUCAUAUUGUACUGUUUAAAUAGUAAAUGAAUGUAUCACACUGAUACACAAGUUCUAAUGCCAUAUGCAAUUGAAUAUUCCAGAGAUUGCUGGUCAUGUUUUUAUUGAUUUCAGAUGUGAAGCCGCCUUGUGUUGUAUUAAGACUAGUCCAAGUUUUGUAAAGGAAAAUGCCUAACAAUUUAUUUGGCUAAUACAUGCACAGAAUAUGAGCAUAUUGCCAUGCAGCCAUAGUAGCAGAAGCAGGAAUGAAUAAUACUUCUAAUGGACUGAACUUUUCAUAAUGCCAUUUGGCAUGUCUUAUCAAGCUGAGGUUCUAUAUUGUUUUUCAUUCUGAAUUUUGUAAUUUGUUAGCAACUUGGGAUUACUGUAUUGUGUAACAGUAUCAACAUGUCCUUCAUGCACAGUUUAUCACUUAUUGAGCAAUUAUUGGUUCUUUAAUUAUUAACUACAAUUGCAGACACUUCAUUGACACCCUACAAGGUAUGAACAGCAAACUGAACAAUGGCAUCAUUUAAAGUAACACAUUGAAACUCAUAAUGUCUCAGUUGUUUUGUGUUUGUUAAAGCUAAACUUGGCUCUAGAUGGUGUUCAUGUAUAAUUAUAAUAUUUACCUUAGUGUUUAGUUGAACUACAGUUACUAGCUGAAGAGUUUUCCUUUAUUUCAUUUAAAUAAUUAGUUGACAUGUUAAAAUACUUAUAUAUUUUUGACUAAAAUAAUAUUUAUAUUACAUAGAAAACCAUAAUGAACCUGUCAACUAUGACUUGCAUAUCUUGAGGCUUCUGACCCUAUCUGCUGCUCUCUUCUGACCCCAUCUGCUCCUGCCCUCAUUUGCUCUUCUCUUCUGACCCCAUCUGCUCCUCUCCUCUGACCCCCAUCUGCUCCUCUCUUCUGACCCCAUCUGCUCCUCUUCUGACCCCAUCUGCUCCUCUCUUCUGACCCCCAUCUGCUCCUCUCUUCUGACCCCAUCUGCUCCUCUCCUCUGACCCCCAUCUGCUCCUCUCUUCUGACCCCAUCUGCUCCUCUCUUCUGACCCCAUCUGCUCCUCUCUUCUGACCCCAUCUGCUCCUCUCUUCUGAUCCCAUCUGCUCCCCACUUCUGACCCCAUCUGCUCCUCUCUCCUGACCCCAUCUGCUCCCCACUUUUGACCCCAUCUGCUCCUCUCUUCUAACCCCCAUCUACUCUCCUCUUAUGACCACAUCUGCUCUCCUCUUCCCAACUCUUACUUUAUAAAUAUUUAUGUGAAUAACCAGAAUGUGUGACAGUUUGUAAAUACAAAUUUGAUUAAGUUUUGGUCAUUUUCUUAAAAGCUGUUAUAGUACUGGGCUUCUCUGCUUCCAUAAACCUAUUUACUGUAGUGAUGUAAUUGGUCCUUGUGCCAGGGGAAAGUACAUUGCUAAAUAAUUUACCAAAUACAUGUGAUACCAAGAUACAA